AUGACAUUUGUCAAGUGUCAAAUAUCAAAGUACAAAUUGAAAAUUACCAAGCAAUUUUUUGGCUAGGUACGGUUUACUAAUAUUUCCAAAAUUAAUUAGAUAUUAAAAUGUCUGCAAGAUACGAUAGGGCUAUAACCGUUUUUUCACCAGAUGGACAUCUUCUGCAAGUUGAAUAUGCACAAGAAGCCGUCCGAAAAGGAUCUACUGCGGUUGGUGUUAGGGGAGCCAAUUCUGUCGUACUUGGAGUCGAAAAAAAAUCGGUAGCAAAGCUUCAAGAAGAAAGAACUGUGAGAAAAAUAUGUCUAUUAGAUGAGCAUGUAGUUAUGGCCUUUGCAGGGUUGACCGCCGACGCCAGAAUACUGAUCAAUCGAGCGCAAAUCGAGUGUCAAAGUCACAAAUUAACCGUCGAGGAUCCUGUUACAUUAGAAUAUAUAACACGUUAUAUAGCAUCGUUGAAACAGAAGUAUACUCAGAGUAAUGGCAAGAGACCUUUUGGUAUCUCUUGUCUUAUCGGUGGCUUUGAUUAUGAUGGCAAACCACAUCUUUACCAGACAGAGCCGUCAGGUAUUUACUACGAGUGGAAAGCAAAUGCUACUGGUCGAUCUGCAAAAACAGUAAGAGAGUUUCUGGAAAAGUUUUAUACUUCCGAAGAGGUAGCUACAGAGAAAGGCACUGUGAAGUUAGCUAUACGUGCACUAUUGGAGGUGGUCCAAUCUGGGCAGAAAAAUUUAGAAAUUGCUGUGAUGCGGCAUGGAGAACCCUUGGAAAUGUUAGAUGGAGAGACUAUCGAAAAAUACGUAACUGAGAUAGAGAAAGAAAAGGAGGAAGAAGCCGAGAAAAAGAAAGCUAAGAAAUGAAUUGUCAUUAAGCGCUAUUAUAUUUCUCAAUUUUUUAAAAUUAAUUACACUUAUUUCUAAAAUAAAUUCAAGUAAGAGUAUUUUCAA